AUGGUGGUGCGGUCCGGUGAGGCCAAGGGUGCUGGUGGUGCAGCUAGACACUUGGGUGGUAAGAGUCGGAGCAAGUCCAAGAGGGCUAAGGAUGGAGCUGGAGCAUCUGGCCAAGGUGGCGCGGAUGGAGCCAAUCCAAGUGUGGUGCUGCCUAACCCAAGCAUUGGCGUGGACAGUGCAACUGGAUUGCCUCGGGCUCGGAUCAUUCCGACUGAGGUUCAAGGAAGUCUAGCUGAACAGCAGCAAAAGGCAGCUGAGGAGACUAGACAGCAGCUGGUACAAGCUGAGCUAGCAAGGCAGCUGCAAGAGCAAGCUGAGGAAGCUGCAAGGCAGCUGCAAGAUGACAUGGAGGUGGAGGGAGAGUCCUCACAUGCUGGUGAUCAGGGCGGCCGUGGCAUUGGUGCAGCCAAUGUUGGAGCCAACCAAGGAAAUCAGCUGGUGGAACCUUCCAUGAAAGAGGUGCUUGAUGCAAUCAGGCUCAUGGGUAGUCAGAUGCUGGCUAUGACCCAAGUGAUCACUCCAUUGGUGAAUUCAUCAGUGGGGCAAGCUCCACAAGUUCAGGUGGUGGUACCAGAAGCUGCUGGACGAGUUGCACCGGUUGAUGAGGUGAUUGAACUCGAUCCACCAGCUAGAAGAGCUGGUGUGUCUGUUGAUCCGGAGAAGGUAGUAGCCAUAAAGGCAUGGCCUCAGCCUAAGAAUGCCACAGAAGUCAGGAGCUUCUUAGGGCUAGCCGGCUACUACAGAAAGUUUGUGAAGGGCUUUGCUAGUUUGGCACAGCCUAUGACUCAGUUGACAGGAAAGGAUGUUAAGUUUGUGUGGUCAGAAGAGUGUGAGAGGAGUUUCUCCGCGCUUAAGGACAUGCUUACUAGUGCACCAGUCCUUGUCCUGCCUGAGGAGGACCAACCAUAUGUGGUGUACACAGACGCCUCCAUUACUGGACUAGGCUGUGUACUGACCCAACAUGGAAAGGUCAUUGCUUAUGCCUCACAACAGUUGAGGAAGCAAGAGGGGAAGGCCAACUUAGUGGCUGAUGCUUUGAGCCGGGGAAGGGCUGAGGUUUCAGCUGAGAAGGAGGCUGAUAUAUUGGAAGGGAUGGUCCGGUCACUCAACCUUAACACACUGGCUAGUGCUGAUGAGCCAUUGGGGUUGGAGGCACUGGAUCAGGCCGAUCUCCUUACCAGGAUUUGUGCAGCUCAGAAGCUGGAUGAGAACCUUCAAAAGGUUGCUCUCAAUGACAAGACUGAGUACCAAAUCACAAGCAAUGGUACCAUCUUGGUCAAUGGGAGGAUAAGUGUUCCUAACAAUAGGGAACUCAAGGAAGAGAUUAUGAGGAACUGGUUGAUAGAUCAUUGGUUAAGAGUUACUAACAUUGAUCUUGUGUGUUGUUUUGAUGUUCCUAAGGGUGGUAAGAGUCGGAGCAAGUCCAAGAGGACUAAGGAUGGAGCUGGAGCAUCUGGCCAAGGUGGCGCGGAUGGAGCCAAUCCAAGUGUGGUGCUGCCUAACCCAAGCAUUGGUGUGGACAGUACAACUGGAUUGCCUUUGGCUCGGAUCAUUCCGACUGAGGUUCAUGGAGGUCUAGUGGAACAGCAGCAAAAGGCGGCUGAAGAGACUAGGCAGCAGCUGGAGCAAGCUGAACUAGCUAGACAGCUGCAAGAGCAAGCUGAGGAAGCUGCAAGGCAGCUACAAGAUGACAUGGAGGCUGAGGGAGAGUCCUCACAUGCUGGUGAUCAAGGCGGCCGAGGCAUUGGUGCAGCCAAUGGUGGAGCUAACCAAGGAAACCAGCUGGUGGAACCUACCAUGAAAGAGGUGCUUGAUGCAAUCAGGCUCAUGGGUAGUCAGAUGCUGGCUAUGACCCAAGUAAUCACUCCAUUGGUGAAUUCAUCCGUGGGGCAAGCUCCACAAGUUCAGGUGGUGGUACCAGGAGCUGCUGGACAAGUUGCACCAGUUGAUGAGGUGAUUGAACUUGAUCCGCCAGCUAGAAGAUCUGGUAAGGUGGAUUACCUGAAGGUGCUAGAGCACAUAUCUCGCCUAGGGACAAAGCAUUUUGCUGGAAGUGCUGACCCUAUGGAGGCGGAUGAAUGGAGGGACAGGCUGGCCCGGAACUUCAAGUCUACAAGGUGCCCUGAGGAGUACCAGAGAGACAUAGCAGUGCACUUCCUGGAGGGAGAUGCACACAACUGGUGGCUGUCUGUGGACAAGCGCACCAAUGGUUCUAUUGAGAAGUUCUCUGACUUUGAGGUUGAGUUCAACCACAAGUAUUUCCCAGCUGAAGCAUGGGAUCGUUUGGAGGCCAAGUUCUUGGAUUUGACCCAAGGGCGUAGGUCAGUCAGGGAGUAUGAAGAGGAGUUCAACCGGCUCAGGAAGUAUGUGGGUAAGGAGUUGGAGGAUGAGAAAGUUCAGGUCCGCAGGUUCAUAAGAGGCCUUAGGGUCGAGCUCCGGACCUACUGCUCAGUCCGUACCUUCCGUACUGUCUCUGAGUUGGUGGAGCGUAUGGCAAUGCUGGAGACUAACCUUGCUGAAGAGGCCAGACUCAAGAGUAGGAGUCAGGCAAGUGGUACUGGUCAUGCUGGUGACCGGAAGAGGAAGAGAGAUUCAAGUGAUGAGGGUAAGACCUCAGGUGGAAGGCCGGAGUGCCAAAAGUGUGGAAGGCGCCAUGGUGGUGAGUGCUGGAGAGCUAUGGGAGCUUGCACAAGGUGUGGCAAGAUGGACCACUCAGUCCGGGACUGUCCUGGACCAGAUCAGAGUCGUGGUCAAGCGGCUGGUGGUGACUCUAGGACUUGCUUCCAGUGUGGGAAGGCCGGACACUUCCGAAAGGACUGUCCUAAGCUUCAGGCUGGAUCAGGCAGGAUGAGGUCUGAGGUUAGCAAGCCGGAACCAAGCCGUGGCCAGACUUCUGCACCAAGGGUCUAUGAGUUGUCUAAGGACACUGAUGAGGCCAAGCCUUUCAUGGCGAUCACUGGUAAUGAUCUGAUCUUAUUCUUUUUAAAUUUUUAGAAAUGCAUGGU